GAAACAUCUAUUUCUGUUAUUGAUUUUUUAUCGUCAUCAAGUGAAUUUAAACCUUUAAUUAAGGAAUUACAGAAAAAAAGGUUGAUUAAUUACUUAAAUUCUCUAAAAAAUAUUACAUUUAUUGCACCUGGCGAAAAAGCGUUUGAUAAUAAAACCAAAUUGACGCCGGAAAUAUUAAAAUAUCAUAUUCUUGAUGGUAUAUUAUUAACAAAAGAUGUAAUCAAUGAAUAUGUUUUUCGGUCUCAUAUGUAUAAUUAUGAGCAGAAAGAUGGUGUAGGUGUAAAAGUAAAAGAAAUUGUCGACUUUGAGGGACAUAAAAAAAUAAAUAUAGGUGGAGUUUCUAUUAUUAAAGGAGAUUAUUCAAUACGCAAUGGUAUAAUUCAAGUAACUGACAAAAUAAUGAUUCCUCCGGAAAAUAUGUAUUCAGUUUUAUCUGUUGAUCCAGAUUUGACGACAUUUAUGAAAUUAAUAGAUUAUGGGAUUUUAAAUCAUGUAAAAAAUAACAAUGUAUGCUCCUACUAAUAGAGACGUUUAAGAGAUUGAAUAGUAUAGAAUACACAUAUCUUAGAUCUAGAUAUGGUAUUUCUGACUUAAAGAUGCUUAUCCUUAAUCAUUUACAAACAAAUAAUGUCAUUUAUAAAUGCGAUGUUAUUGAUAAAAUUGCAUCUAAAUCUGAUGCAAAUGGAUUGCUAAAUAUAGUUAAAAAUAGGACAGGGUUUUAUGUAAAUGAAUACAAAAUUGUUCAAUAUGAUAUUAUUACAAAAAAUGGAGUAAUUCAUAAAAUAGAUAAUCUUAUGUUUCCUGGAUAUCUGGAAUUUACUCCUAUUAAAUAUCUUUAUGGCACUGAUACAACAAAAUUUGCAGAUGAAAUUCUCGUUACGGGGUUGAUAGAUUUAGUUAAUAACAAAUCUAUAGAACAAGUGAUACUAGCGCCCAUUGAUUCUUCGUUUUAUUUUGAUAUAGAUAUGAAAAAAAUACGAUGUAUACAAGAAAUUAAAUACCAUUUUAUAUAUAAUUGGUUUGACAUAGAUACAUUGGAAGGCCAGAAACUUUUGACAACGAAAAUGAAAGAAAAAUUACUUGGAGGAAAAAAUCAAAAAAUUAAGAUAUCACGGAAAAAUGGCGAAAUAUGGUUAAAUGAUCGAUCUAUGAUUUUAGGAAAAUCACUUGUAAUUGGUAAAACUAAAAUUUAUCGAAUUGAUUCGGAACUUGUUCCUCCUUUUUCAUUUCCAGCAACGGCUGCUCCUAUAUUCCAUAUAUCUAUAAGCAUGGAAUAUUUAUAUAAUACAAAAAUGGAUAUACUGCUACGCAAUAAAGAAUCUCUUACAUAUUUUGUGCCUACGAAUUCUGCUUGGAAAGAUUUAGGAUUAGUUAAGGAUUAUUUAACAUUAGAUUCAUCUAAAGAUAUACUUAAAGAAGUUUUAAUUAAUACUAUUUUUAACGAAGUUUUGUAUUUUGAUGAGCUUUUAUUGUUAAAUAAAACAAUAUUUACUCUUGGUGGUGCUUCAGCGACUAUUCAAAAAUAUCCUACUGGAUUUUCUAUUAUAUCAAAAAAUAAAUCUUGUAAAUUUCAGAUUGAAGAACAUGAUAUUCUUUUGGAAAAUGGUGUGGCUCAUACCGUUUCUAAGGUAUUUAUUCCAUCGACAUUAAAUAUUACACCUCAACACUUGUUUUCAACCAAACAUGUUUCUCUGUUUCCUCAAACAAUUGAAUCAAGUGAUCUUUUUUAUUUACUAAAUCCUCAAGAAAAAUUUACCAUUUUAGCGCCUAUUGAUAGUGCAUGGAGAACCAUUAAAAAUAUGGUUCGUGAUAAUUCAACUUUACAAGAAAUUGUGAAAUUGCAUUUGUUACCCCCUCAAUUAAACAAUUCAGAUUUUCUAAAGGAUGUGUAUCCUCGUCCAAGUUUACAUAAAGAUGGAAUAAAAAUUGGAGCAGUAAAGAUUGAUGGUUCUUUAUAUAAUAUUAAUUUUUAUUCGUCUAAGAAUUGUUAUCAGCAAAUCAAUAUACUUGGUGAAGGAAAAACAACAUUUCAUGGUCAAAUUCUUAUUAUAGACCGAGUUUUGGAUCCAAAAUGUCUGUUAAGCACAUCUUAUACAUACAUUUUUCAAAUUUUCUUUUUAAUUAUGGUAAUAUUUAUAAUAUUCUGUUUUUUUAUUAAGAAGAUUUUCCAUAAAAACUCCUUUAAUUAUAUAAUAGCAGCCUUGAAUAAUCGUUUUCAUUUCUACAAUCGACAUUUGUUAUAUCAUUCAGGGUGUAAUACUCAAGAUCCAGAUGAAGGCCUACCUAUUCUUCAUUUUAAUUAUUUAUCAAAACGAUCUUUAUUUGGUUUGACAUUAAGUCGCGCAUUAACAGUAUAA